UCGGACCUUUAAGGUAUAUAAAGCUUGGGCUACGAAUAUUUUCCUCAGUCAUCGAAAGUGUCACGAAAAUAAUCUUGCCACGCUGUAAAAGGUAUCCAUUAAAUUAUCGUCAUUCGAUAAUCGUAAAGGAGAAAAGAACGUACAAGAAAAUCAAGUAUUAACAAUAAUGUAUCAUCAUUUGAUGAUCUGUUUGAUGAUCGGUUGGUGUAGUGCUAUAGUAAUACCUAUUAGAGGUGAAGAUAUUGGCAACGAACAGGUACAUCAACGGGAAGACUCAAGUCAAUACACGUUUGCAACGUCUCGAAUUGAUGAUCGGCAACAAGCUUCUUAUGCGACGUUAACGCGAGGAAAUCAAGCAGCGGUUAACCGAUAUUUUUAUCCAAUUUAUUGGGAUUAUGAUAAUAACGGAUAUAAGGUUCAUACUGAAUACGAGGGUUAUUAUAUACCCACGACCCUAUCGCCAAAAAAUACAGAUUCUUUUUCGACUACUGAAAUCGCGAUGAGCCUGCUACCAUCUAGUGAAAUAUUAAUGUAUGGAAUUCAAGCCGGAACUUAUCUUUUACAGACUUUUUUUAUACUUCUCCUAGGCGGCGCUUUUAUGACUGUAGUCUGUAUAUUUACGCCAAUUUGUACAAUAGCUUUCCAUAGCUAUGGUCUUAUGAAGAGUCAGGUAAAAGAACAGGUAGCGGAAUUGGCUCACACCUAUGUAACUACGGAAGCCGUGAACGCGGCUACCCUUUUGGUUUCGAAAGCUCUCGAUAAAUAUGCAACAAUCUUGAACGAAAAACAUGAAAAUAUAGAACGGAAAGAAAUUGAGCAGCGGAUAAAAAGUUCAAGCACUUUAGAAGAACGUAAUUAA